UCCGUGACGGUGCAGGAGGGUCUGUGUGUCCUGGUGCCCUGCAGCUUCUCCUACCGCGGCUCAGACUCUGGCAAGGCCUUUAUCUACUGGUUCCGUUCAGGGACCCAUACAGACCACGGCUCUCCAGUGGCCACCAACAACUCUGAUCGGAGAGUGCAGGAGGAGACCCAGGGCCGGUUCCACCUCCUCGGGGACCCAGGAGCCAACAACUGCUCCCUGAGCAUCAGAGAUGCCAAGCGCAGCGACAGUGGCUUCUACUUAUUUCGGAUGCAGAAAGGAGAGUUUAAGUGGAAUUAUUAUCCCAACAUGGUUUCAGUGCAAGUUACACACCUGACCCACACCCCUGACAUCCUCAUCCCUGGGACCCUGGAGUCUUGCCAUCCCAGCAACCUGACCUGCUCUGUUCCUUGGGCCUGUGAGCAGGGAACGCCCCCCACCUUCUCCUGGGUAGGGCCCUCUGUGUCCUCCUUGGGCCCCAACAUCAUCCACUCCUCGGUGCUCACCCUCACCCCGCGGCCCCAGGACCAUGGCACCAACCUCACCUGUCGGGUGAAGUUCCCUGCAACUGAUGUGACCACAGAGAGAACCAUCCAGCUCAAUGUCACCUGUGAGUAAUGGGCCAGGACACCUGGGUCCUUGGGGCUGUGAGGGGCAGGGAAGAAGG